AUGUCGGCCUACCCUGGCUACGGCGGCGGCGGCGGAGGUGGUGGUGGUUACGCGCCCCCGCAGCAGCAGCAGUACCAGGGCAGCUACUACCAGCAGCCUCCUCCGCAGGGCUACAACGGCUAUCCCGCCCAAGGCCAUCCGUCCCCUCAGCCCACGUACAGUUACCAGCAGGCUCCUCCCCAGCAACAGUACGCAUACCAGCAAUCGCCUCAGCAACAGUACGGUGGACAUGCCCCGUACAGCCACCCGCCGCCUCCGCAGGCUAGCUACAACUCAAGGCCGAGCUCUGGCAUGCCUCCUCCUCAACACAGCCCGUAUCCGCAAGGGCGACCGGCCGGUCCGCCUCCGCCUCCUGCCGGACCGCAGCACUUUGGCCACGGCGCGCCGCAAGGCUACGCGUUUCGGUACUCCAAUUGCACGGGUCGCAGGAAAGCGCUGCUGAUUGGCAUCAACUAUUUCGGCCAGCGUGGCCAGCUUCGAGGCUGUAUCAACGAUGUGCGAAACAUGACGGCGUAUCUCGUGGAGCAUUUCGGCUAUAAGCGGGAGGACAUGGUCAUCUUAACCGACGAUCAACAGAACCCCAUGAGCCAGCCCACUAAACAAAACAUUCUGCGCGCCAUGCAUUGGCUAGUCAAGGACGCCCGGCCGAACGACUCUCUCUUCUUCCAUUACUCCGGACACGGCGGGCAGACCAAGGACCUCGACGGCGAUGAGCCAGACGGCUAUGACGAAGUCAUUUAUCCUGUAGACUUCCGGCAAACUGGUCACAUCACCGACGACGAGAUGCAUAGGAUCAUGGUACGCCCCUUGCAAGGCGGCGUGAGACUCACAGCAAUCUUCGACUCCUGCCACUCGGGUACCGCCCUGGACCUUCCGUACAUUUACUCGACACAGGGCAUUCUCAAGGAGCCCAACCUCGCCAAGGAAGCAGGCCAAGGCCUGCUGGGCGUUAUUUCCUCUUACAGCCAGGGCGACCUCGGCGGUGUUGCCAACAACAUCAUGAGCUUCUUCAAGAAGGCAACCAGCGGCGAGGAAGCUCACAGCCGUGCCCUGGCAACCAAGACGUCUCCUGCCGAUGUCAUCAUGCUUUCUGGCAGCAAGGACGAUCAGACAUCUGCCGAUGCUACUAUUGCCUCGCAGGCUACAGGCGCCAUGUCUUGGGCGUUUGUUACCGCUCUGAAGAAGAAUCCCCAGCAAAGCUAUGUCCAGCUACUCAACAGCAUUCGCGACGAGCUGGCCACCAAGUACACUCAGAAGCCGCAGCUUUCCUGCAGCCAUCCUCUCAAUACGAACCUGCUGUUCGUCAUGUAA